AUGUCUGAGCUGGCUCCCGAAAUUAUAAUUCGAAAAGGUUUUCUCAGGGACAAGAUCUACGCGAAGUUUAUUGAACCAAGCAAUAUUUCUCUUGAUGUCGAGGGGAGCCGCAAACUGUGUACCUGGUGUGGCUGGGGUUGGCCUUUUAUUGAUAUCGGCUACUACACCUCCAGCGCAACCCACAUCCAAGAGCGCGCCUCGUACGAGGGCGUUCAACCUACCCUUGCCAAGUCUAAUGUUUUCCCCCUGAUAAUCCGGCCAUUCUACAAGCACUGGGUCCCAGCGCCAAGAAACGUCUUUGCAGUUAUUACGCAACCCAAGCCUGACAAUGUCGACUGCUACACACCCGGAUGGUCUCACGCAUUUGAAACGCCCUUGCAGCGUCGUUCAAUGCCAUGCAACAAACUGGCGCACCGGUAUGCUUUCGUUGAGCACAGCCCCCUUUACAAAAACGGCGAGCAGGACAAUCUGUCAGACCUGGUGUGGCUCCGUGAGAGGCUUAUUCUUGGUAACCGGAGCAUUCACGAAAUACGCCUGGUAGCACCCAGACAGGUGGCACACGUAGACACCUAUGAAAUGCGUGUGGUGAGGCUGUAG